AUGAGUGGUUCGUUCGACUACAUUGUUGUUGGUGGUGGUACUGCGGGCCUGGUGGUCGCGUCUCGUCUGAGCGAAGAUACCGACGGGCAACUCAACAACCGCCACUUGAGACAGGACACAGGGAAAGUGCUUGGUGGCAGCUCUCUUACGAACUUCUUGAUGGCCAUGUUUCCGUCUCAGCAGAACAUUGACAGUUGGGAGAGGAUGGGGAACCAGGGAUGGUCAUUUAAAGAUCUUGCCCCCUAUUUCAGGAAAUUCUCGACGUCACACUCGCCUACUGCAGCAAUCCGCGAAAAGCUAGGCGGCCUGGGGUAUUAUCAGUCUGAGUUGUCAGGUACCGGCCCCAUCCAGCUUUCUUUCGAUGACGACUACUCCAUCGUGAAUGCAAGCUGGUUCAAGACGUUUGUCGAUCUGGGAUUGGAGAUGAAGGCAGACCCCAGGACGGGCAAGGCGGUUGGGGCAUUUCAGAACGCGUCGACCAUUGAGUACAAGAAGAAUGUGCGCAGUUCAUCCGUCACAGCCUACUACACCGAGACUGUCGCGAACCGACCAAAUCUGGAGGUAUUGAUGGAAACGAAUGUGCAGAAAAUAGUCACGGUGGUGCGCGACGGGGAGGUCUCCGCAACGGGCGUUCAGAUUAUCGACAAGAACGGCCGGUCAAGCACAAUAUCAGCCAAGAGAGAAGUGAUACUUGCCGCAGGGGCAUUACGAACACCUCAAAUGUUGGAGCUGUCUGGUAUAGGUGAUCGAGUGUUACUAGAGAGCCUGGGAAUCCAGAGCGUGAUCGACAAUCCAAACGUCGGCGAGCACAUGCAAGACCACCUCAUGACGUCGCAACAAUUUCCCGUCCGCAAAGGCAUACCCUCAACAGACGCGUUACGGGAUCCAGCUCUGUUCCAGAAGAUCGCAGACGAGUACGCCAAGACGAACGGAGGCCUCCUAGCCGGUAUGGGCACCAGCGUCGCCUACGUGCCCAUGGCCAACAGAGCAGGCGUCAUGCCCCGAAGCGACCGCAAAGAGCUCUUUGACAAGCACCUCUCCAGCGGUCCUGCCGUCAGUCCAGCGCGGAAGCGCGAGUUCAAACUGAUCCGGGAACUAUUAGAAAUCGAAGAGGAGCCUGCAAUUCAAUACAUGUGUUUUCCGGGCUCCCUCACCGUAACGACCCACCCGGACACGCUCACCGACAUGUUCACGCCUACGGCCCCAUACGACUGCAUCGGCAUUAUGGCCCUGCUCAAUCACCCGUUCUCGCGCGGAUCCGUGCACAUAUCCUCGGCCGACUCCGCGGUGCAGCCGACCUGGGACCCCAACUACUGCUCGCACCCGCUCGACGUCGAGAUCCUGGCGCGCAACGUCCAGUUCGUCGAGAAGAUCGUCGAGACGGCGCCCUUCUGCGACCUGAUCGACCCGACGGCCAAGCGCGUCCCCGACAUUGCGGCCGACGACCUCGACCGCGCGCGCGAGAUCGUGCGCUCGCGGACUGUGUCGUGCUUCCACAUCGCGGGCAGCUGUCGCAUGCUGCCGCGGGAGCUGGGCGGCGUCGUCGAUGAGCGGCUGCUCGUGCACGGGACGACGAAUCUGCGUGUGGUGGAUGCGAGCGUGUUUCCGCUGGAGCCGCUGGGCAAUAUCCAGACGGUCGUGUAUGCCGUUGCAGAGCGGGCGGCUGACUUCAUCAAGGAGGACCGGAGGACUGGGGCUGUGCUGCCUCGUGUGAGUGCCUUGCUAUAG